AUGAACUUUGACUUUUCUUCAAAUGUUACUUAUAAAUUCAAUUCUAAUAAUAAAGAAUGUGCUUGGGUGGAUAGAACAUAUUAUGAUAAAAGUUGUGAUACUGCUGAUUUAUCAAUUUAAUCUGAGAAAGGAUGUCAUGAUUAUUAUCCUGAUGGUAAUUGUACAACUAAAAGAAUGGGAGGAUAAUCACCUACAUGUACAACUGAUGGAUUUCAAUGCACAAUAAUGAAAAAAUGUUCAAAUAUUUAGCAUAAUAAGCAUGUAUAUAAGGAACAGAUGAACCUUGUAUAUGCAGUUAAGGAAAAUGUUAUAGAUAUACAAAAUGUACAGAUCUAAUCUAUUCUACAAAUUUAGAAUGUAAUUCUAUUCAUCCUUAAUGUACUACAAAUGAAAUUAACUGUGUUUUUAUUACUAAAUGUUCUAAAACACUUAAAGUUGGUUGUUUUAUAGGUAUCAAUAACAAUUCGAUUGGAAAAUGAAUUUGGACACCAAUCAAUAUUAAAAUAUCAGCUCCUAAUUAAUAUAUUGAAUUUAGUGAAUUUUCAAAUGCUUAAUAUCUUAAUCAUAAUGAUUGUUAUAAUUAUUCUCUUGGUUUAUGUACAAGUGAUGGUUUAAGUGGUUGCAUUAAAUUAGAUAAUUGUACAAAUUAUACUAUUGAAUCUGCAUGUUUUAUUGAUAAAGCUGGUAAAACAAUCAAUUCAUCUGGAUCUAUAAUAUAAACAGGUAAAUGUAAAUGGACAUCUGGUAGAUGUGUUACUUAAGGUUGUUCUGAUAUUAUUGGAUAUAAUCAUAAUGAUUAUAAUAGUUAAUUGAGUACAUGUACUUAUAAUGGUAAUAAUUGUAUUGUAUAAAGUACAUGCAAUAAUUAUAUUACAAAUGAUUCAUUCACAGUUGCUACAGGCACAGAUGGUAAAUGUUAUUGGAAUAAUAAUACAUGUAUAGCAAUGAAAUGUGAAGAUUAUCCUAUUUCUUUUUGUUCACUUUAUUCAUCUACUUGUAUUCAAGAUGGAUCAUAAUGUGUUUCAUUAAAAGAUUGUUCUUCAUAUAAAAAUUAAACUGCUUGCGAUUAUGGUAGUCCAACUAAUGUUUGUGCAUGGAUUAUAACAUCUCUCAAUCUUCUGGAUCUUGAUAAAUUUCUAUCCUAUUUCAUUAAUACAUCAAAAUGA